AUGGCCGAAGCUGGUGCCGAAGCGGGAGGUUGUUUCGCCGCCUGCCUAUACUCCAUCCUUGAUCCUGUAUGCACAACGGGAGAGACAAGCAGAAAGGGAGUUUGCGCCAAGUGUUGUAACGGAUGCUGUAAAGGGGUCGAUGACGGCGACGAAGACUGGGACAAUCCCAAAAACGCCGUCAAUAGGCCUACCGCCUUUUUCCUGCUGGAAGAAUGA